AUGGUCGCGCCGACGGAUGGUCGUGAGCUUGAUACCUUGCAGAGAUGGAAGGGUGCUCCUAUCAUCUCUUGGGGUGUCGGUGGAACGAUGGUUACCUCCUUCCCGAAGAAUGUGCCUCGGUAUGGUAUCGGCCAGACGGCACCAAUGAUCAUCCGCAGCCCCGGAGAGGUCCAUGUCAAGCACAUCAAGGAUAUUCAGCCUCUCGAGGAGAGAUUGGCCAAGUUUCCGGGCCCUCUCAAAGGCAAAUCAAAGAAGAAGGAGACAGUUACUUGGCUGACAGCUGGCAUUGAAUCGUUGGAGCGAGAGUUGCCGGACAUCUCGUUCCAAACACAGCUGUCUCACGAACAUAAGCGCGCGGUCGAAAGGGUGUUGCUUUGGAAGAUUCUACGGGUGUUCGUCGAAUUCGACGGUACUCUGGAAGGUGCUCCGGCGGUCGACAAGGCCGUACGAGAUGUGCUUGCCCCCGGCCUCACUGUGGAGGAGGGCGAGCCCACACCCGGCUACGGUGCUGUUGUCAGCGCUGAAGCGCUCCAGGAAUCGUCUGUCACUCAGAUGAAGGCGGAUGCGGUCGACGCGUCCACGAUGGAUCACAUUCGCAAGCACCUUCUGGUCGGCGAGCGCGAGAAGGCCGUGUGGGCCGCAGUUGACAAGCGCCUCUGGGGUCACGCCAUGUUAAUAUCCAACACUGUCUCCCCGGACCUGUAUAAGCAGGUUGCGCAGGAAUUCGUGCGCAAGGAGGUCAACUAUCCCGGCCACAACAACGAGUCUAUUGCGGCGCUUUAUAAGGUGCUGUCUGGCAAUUUCGACGACUGCGUUGACGAGCUCGUUCCCGUGCAUGCCCGGGCUGGGUUCCAAUUGAUGAAUACCACUUCUGCCGCCGGCCCAGCCAAGGACGCAACGGAGGGGCUCGACAAAUGGCGAGAGACCCUGGGAUUGGUUCUGAGCAACAGGAGUACUGACGACGUCCGUGCAUUGAACGCUCUCGGCAAUCUUCUGUCAUCAUACGGGCGCGCUGAGGCAGCGCACAUUUGCUUCCUCUUCGGUAGGAAGGCAACCAUGUUCGGAGGCCUGGAUGACGGUACCUCAAACUUCGUCCUUGUUGGCGCCGAUCAUAAGACUCAGGGUGACCAGUUUGCCAAGGAGACCGAGGCGUUGCUGCUGAGUGAGGUCUACGAGUUUGGUUUAUCGCUCUCUGGCACCUCACCAUUGUCGGCUGGCGUGCCACACUUGGCGGCCUACAAAUUGCAGCACGCCAUGACGCUGGCCGAGUAUGGUCUGCGAGACAAGGCACUGCAAUACUGCGAGGCCAUUGCCGGGUCGAUCACUGCUCAGACAAAGAGAUCUCCCUACUACCACCCCAUCUUGGAGACCGCAGUAGAGAACCUGAGGGCGAGACUUAAGCAGGCUCCUAAGGAAGAGUCUUCAUCUUGGAUUUCUAAGCCCAGUAUGAACAAGGUCUCAGACUCAGUUUGGAGCCGUUUCAACAAGUUUGUCGCGGGUGAUGAGAACGAAAACGCCGCAGCCGGUGGCUCCGCCGAGGGUGCUGAAUCCGGACCGUUUGCUCGGAUUGCGGGUGGCACGCCGACCAUCAGCCGAUCCCCCUCAGUGUCCAACUUCGAACCGCUGUAUCAAGGUGCAACUCCAGGUUUCCAAGUCGGGUCCCCACCUUCAGCAGUCCCUAUUCCCGCUACGAGGGCAGCAUCUCGAUAUGCGCCAACUUCCGGAACGCCCGCUCUGUCCAGCUCUUACGAGCCUGGCUCCGGAUACAGCCCUGCUCCUGCUUCGGUUGGACGUUCGUCAAAUGAGCUGUCCCGUAGCCCCUAUGAGCCGAACGCCGGAUACAUGCCCGCACCGGCAUCUGUUGGCCGUUCAUCGAACGAAUUCUCGCGCAGUCCCUACGAAGCCGGUUCCUACAUGCCUGCGCCCGCCUCGGCAGGUCGCCCUUCCAAUGAGCUUUCUCGCAGCCCCUACGAGCCCCGAACUUCUAUGGACUCGCAGCCCGGCAACGCAAACGGGGGCUACAUGCCGCAGAGUCUCUCCGGCCCGUCCCUCGGAUACACGCCCCCGACCUCUGCUCCGACUCAGCCAGGAGCUGCACCGGUCUCCCCUCUGCAGCCGCCCGCUAACUCGCCGUAUGAGCCUUAUGGUGUUAGCCAGCCGUCCACGAUCCCCUCGGUGGAGGUCGAGACGCAAACUGGCACCCAGGAGUCGAAUGACUUGUCUGGUUCCGGCUACCAGCCACCUUCUUACGGAUACGAGCCCCCAUCGCUGGUCCCCAACGACGAGCCUCAGUUGCAAGGUCAAGAUAGCACUGGCUCGGAUGGUUACCAGCCUCCAUCGUUCCAACCGUAUGGCUACGAACCGCCCUCAUACAACCCUGAGCCUGAGGCGGAUGAAGAGUCCGAGGAGCCCAAGCGAAAGCCAAAGAGUUUCAUGGAUGACGAUGAUGAUGAUAUCCCUGGUCUCAAGGCACUUAGGUCAACAUCCGAGGAGAAGAGCAAGGCGGAGAAGGAUAAGGAGAACAAGGAAAUGUUCAAGAAGGCAGCUGAAGAAGAUGCCAAGCGAGCAGCAGCCGCGCAGCAGCAGAAGAAGGGAUGGGGCUUCAGCAGCUGGUUCGGCGGCAAGAAGGAAGCAAUUCCUGAUGCCGCGCAGCCCAACAAGCCUAUUAAAGCCAAGCUGGGUGAAGCCAACAACUUUGUGUAUGAUCCCGAGCUGAAGCGCUGGGUGAACAAGGCUGCAGGCGCAGACCAAGCGCAGGCCAAGACGGCGACACCGCCGCCACCGAAGGCCGGCCCUCGGUCUAUGAUGGGAACACCUCCCCCUCGUAUUAUGACUCCGCCCAUGGGCCGAGCAAGCGCGCCUCCCGGUGGUCCACCAGUUCCAGAUCUUGCGAAGACGCCCUCUAUUGAGAGUCUUGGUGGUGGCCCGCCGGGACCUCGUCCGCCUGCAAUGACGCGCUCGGUGUCGAACACAAGUGCGGCUGGAGGCCCUCUCAGUGGUCCUCCAAGCCGGCCCGCGACGAGCAUGAGUAAUGCUAGUAGCAUUGACGACUUGCUCAGUGCCGCUGGCCCACGUAAACCCGGAGCCAAGAAGGCCAAGAAGGGUGGCCGUUACGUCGAUGUUAUGGCGAAGUAA